UAAAACUUCAUUGCAAACGCGCGCAUAAAAAUGCAACCAAUCGAAUGCAGUGUUUGUCGUUCGCGCUUCGCAUUCGCGAUUUAAAAACAAGUGUUUUUGCAUCGAUUGCGUGCAAUGCAGUCGUUAGAGUCAGUGUUUGUUCGUAAAGAGUUUUGCUUUUUUAACAAUAGCACAGAUUGUGUUUAUAAAAGAUAGUAGAAUCUCGUAGAGUAAAUUCAAUGAGCGUACGUUAAUAAAUAACUAUCGUAAAUUAGAGUCAGUGCAUCAUCGAAGAGGAUCUUAAUCAAUUUCGAUAACAUGGAUUUUAAAAUAGAAUCAUCGUUGUUUUAACAGUCACGUUUGUUCGCGAGCACGAUUAAAAGUUUUACCAGGAACUUCGUUUUAAUCCUCGAAAUUACGAUUAAAUCGCAUCGAAAACUUUAUCGAGGAUUUUAGAAUAGAGUCAAGGUCAUCUCAUGGAUCUUCAUAAGCAGUAAUCUUCGUAUGAAAAAAUCUGGUUAACUUUCAAAACGGCGAACUAAAAGAUGAAGCAACAGAGACUAUGUCUUGCGGCCUUUUCUAUGAUAAACAAAAAGAAAAGAAAUUACUGGCUUUGUCCAAUGGACAAAUUGUAUAUAAAGGUUACACGCCAGAUAAUAAACAGCAGUUUAUGCAGACAAUGCUUGUACUUCAUAAUAAAAAGACUGGGAAAAUUAGAUUGGUUCAAGCAGAAAGGUGGUCCGUAAGUCCUGUUCUUCAUAAACAAGUGAUAGAUAAUAAUAAAAAUACAGAUGCUGACAGAAUUGCUUUAUUGAACAAACAGUUUGGUUCAAAAAAAGUAAAAAGAAAAACAGAGCAGUUUGAAAGAAUGAAGAUUAAUGUCAAUGCUGUUAAAGAUGAUCUUGAAAAGACUGUUUCAAAUAUAGAAAUAAAUAAAGAAGAUCUAGAGACACAGAUAGUAGAUAAUGACUAUGUAACCAACAUACAUUUACCUCAAUGUAACAGAGAUGCUACUAACAUAAAAGAUGUUUAUAAUAUAAAUGAUAUCAUACCAGAAAAUAAGUUAGAAACUCUCAAUGAAACGGCUAAAGAAACUAUCAAUCGUGUUCCUGAAGGCAAAUCAAAGUUUUUCACACAUGCCUUAAGAUUUUUGAAGUCUGACCCAGAUAAUAUAAAGAAAGUUGCUCUUUUAUUAUAUAUCGAAGCAGUUGCCAAAUGGUUAAACAUGCCCAUAAAGGAUGCAAAAAAACGUGGGAUUAAUAUUUGCCCUUAUUCGGAAGAAGUUAAUUCAUAUAUUAUUGAAACUUAUAGCAUACAAAGUUAUAGUGGAAGGUUGAGACCUGCUAGUAUGAAAGAUAAAGCUAUCAUACAUUGCAUAAUUUUAGGCUUGAUUAUUUCUGACUUUGUAAUAGAUCUAGAAUUACUUGCUACUAUGUUACACAAUCGAAUAGGAAUUAGAAAAUUAAUAGAUCUUGCUAAAAUAAUUGCAGCUGUGCCUAACAAAAAUGACAAAAAAACAUUCACUUUAAGACUUCCUCUACCAGAACAAGUUGCUAUGGUUAAAAAAGGAAAAAAGAAACGAUCUUAAAUAUUAUAAAAAAUAAGAAAUAGAAAAACAAAUUGUAAUAUAACAUAUAUUAUAUUUUUUAAAAUUAUUAUAUAUCAGGUAUAUAAGGUAGAUGUAUCAUAACAUUACAAAGAAUAACCAAAUUUUGUUAUCCAUUUUAAUCCGUCGACAGUAUUUG